AUGCGCCUCUCCAAUAUUGUCAAUCUUUCAAUUUUAGCUCUAUUACACGUGGCAGCAGUGAGUUUUAGAAAUGUUUUUUCAAUUAUUGAUCGAAAACCUUCAGAAUCCCACCAGCACCACACAAUCCACGUCAUCCACGAGCAUUCUGAGUUCAACAACCGAAGCCAGCACGCCUCAAACUGUUCCGUCCACACAAUCCACGUCAUCAGAUGCCACGUCAUCAUCCACAAACAAUCUCAGCUCAUCAGAAGUGAGUUUUAGACUUUUUCUGAAAGACAAACCGAAAAUGUGCAGAAUCCAACUACUUCAUCUGAAUUUGCCACGACACCGGCCGGCCAGGCGACUUCUAGCUCUUCCACGUCACCAGAAAGCACAACUAGAGAUGCCACGUCAUCUACGGACUUGACUACGGUCCCUGGAAGUUCUACAAACAUUCCGAGCUCAGCCACGUCCUCGGCAGUGAGUUUUUGAGUUUUUUCAGAAAAACGUAACCCGAAUAUCGUCAGGGUCCCACUUCUGGAUCACAUUCCACGUCAUCAGAAGCUCCAACAGAUGCCACGUCAUCAGCGCCGGUGAGUUUUUACGUUUUUCAAAAAUUUUCUGCACUGAGACAGCGCGCAAAGCACGGAUUUGCUUACAGUAGGCUUUUUUGCAAUAGAGCGCGAUUGCAUCAACUUACGAAUCGAAAAUCAUCAGAAUGCCACGUCACAAAGUAUCCUGGCAACUGCCACGUCAUCUGCAAACGUUCUGAACUCAACUACGGUCCCAGUAGGCUUGCAAAUAGUUGUUUCUGUUACGAAAUGUUUGUAAUUAUCAGGAUCAAACGAGAAAUUCUUCUGCCACGUCACCUGCAAACUUUUCGGGCUCCACUCCGAAUGCCACGUCGCGGAGUAAUGGGAAUUCGACCUCCAACACUUCUUCCACGUCAUCAAGCACAUGGCUCCCGCCGUUCCCGCAGAUUCCGGACCCGUUUGCGUCGAUUCCGCCGGAUACGGCCGAUUGUUGGAUCAGCGAGGCGAUGCUAGAGCAAGUAGAGGUCAGUUAGGAAAUGCAAAAAUGAUUUGGGGGCUCGGGGGCUCGAACCUGCGCGGACAAAAUGUGUGACAGGCCAAAACGUAACCACAGAGCUAUGCGCAGAACUGUUUCCUGUGGCGUCCAGGGCGUUGAUAUUGUGGCGGGCGGAGGCGCGUUUUUCAGCUUUUCACUCAACUACUUUUCCAGAUUUUCCACGUAAUCGGCGUCAAAAAGAACGGUUCAAUGGUGAAAAUCAGCGGUGCGGACGCGAAAUUCGACUUCAAAUCGUUUUUCCAUCCGUCACAGCCCAUUCAAAACUUGCUGAACUUUCCGAAUGCCCGGAUCCUAUCGAGAAAAGUAACAACUGCUUCCGUUUCUCAAACUUUCACAAGUACCCCGGAUCCGGCGGCCAAUGGAUCGACUACCGUAACCCCGACGCCAAGUUUCAACAGUCCCGACAAUAUCACAUUUGUCGACGGGAUUACGGUCGCGCGGGACUGGGACCGACAGCUUUUCCACUUUUUAGUCCCGGAUCGAGCUUUUCGAUAUUAUGUGUCUGUGACAAAUGUGUUCUAAGUGUAAUUCCACAAAAUUCUUCUUCCAGACUCUUCUAUGACAACUAUUUGAACUUGACAAACGGUGGAAAAGAGGAUUUUGCAAUCAAAAGAGCUGGAAUGUUGACGAGAUCUCGUAAUCUGACAGAACCGUACACGUGUCAUUAUAAUAUUGAGAAGGUGAGGUCGAAUAAGGAAAGCAAAUGAGAAUUCCGGGCAGUGGGUUCCGAACCCGCGACCCCGAGAACAGCGGGCCAAAAUGCAACCACUGCGCCAAGCGCAACACCGGAAGCGGUGGCGCGAAGGGCUGUGAGGUUCUCGGGCGUCGGCGCGAAUUUUUGUGAAUUUUUUCUUGCAGAGAGCUUCGGUUUGCGUGUCGAUUAUCGAUAAAAUUGUGACUGUUGGACACUAUCCGCUCAACCGACAACUCCAGAUUCGGUAGGAUAAAAUCGAGUUCAAUUUUCGAAAUUUUCCGCAGAGAAAAUCGAUUUUCGCUGCCCAACUAUCUCAGCUUUGAUAGUUUUCACUCGUACGCCGACAGCGACGGCUUCGAUUACAUUCUGAUCCAUCACAAAGGCCAAUGGAUUUAUCGGAUCAAUUAUCAGCGAUAUCUCGAGAACGGGCACAUGUUUUUCAAAGUUUUUCACUUGUUGACGGUACGUUUUCACUCUUUUUUUUUAAAUAUAUAGCUUUGCGAUAAAAUUAGCCUAAUUCAGCACUCGGAAACGUUCCAUUUCGACGAUUUCGAGCACGCCGACGAGAACGGUCUGGUGACGAGGUACACGAAUCGAAACGGCGCCUACCGCUACUAUUACUCUCUGUUCAGUGAGGUAGUGGCCUAGAAAAAGCUCGGCCCAAUCGUCUAUUUUUCAGAUUUCCGGCCUGAAAACGUUUUGUGUGCAUGACAAACGUGUCAACGGAACUAUUAUGAUUUUGGGCCGACCGCGACAACCGCCAGAACAGGGAAUAAGUACGUUUCUUCGCAAAAAACCUUUUGCGCAACAAUUUUUUUGUUUGCAGCCGCCCGUCUCCGUCAAAUUGCUCAAAUCGACGGAACGCCGGAUGGGCUCGAGUUUCCGACGAUGCUGCGCGUGCUCUUUUACUGUGCCCUCAUCUAUUUCACCAUUUUUUUGGGCACACAAAUGGUGCCGAACCGUCGAGUUCGCAUUUGGCGAGAAUCGGUGAGAGCAAGCGCGCCCUAUUGAGAAUUGCUGCGUUGAAGCGCGAUUCCAAUGUAAACCGGUGUUUUUGCAGAGACGUGCCGAACGAGAAAUUCAGCGUUUGGCGCCGGUCAUCGAGACGAUUAUGGGCAGAGUGCACGCGUUUUUGGAGAGCCGAAAAGUGGCGAACCGGGAGAAUAUCGAUUUGGAUUGA